CGUAAUCCAACGCACGGAACCGGACACAUUGACGUUCACAGCUGUCGAUAAUAACAACACGAGCGACGGACGAGGACGAAGGACCAGCAUAUGUUAAAGCUCAAAGUAUGUGGCUGCAGUUGAAGGAAUAAUAGAAUCCUCUGUUGGAUUCACCAAACUUCUGUUCUAGGAAAUCCACAGAUUUUACAUCCACAAUGGAGGAAGUUUUGGAGCAGUUGAUUAAGGAGACUUCAUCCAAUAAGCACAGCCACAUCAAGGAAGUAUGCCAGGAAGCCUCAGACUUGCUGGAGUCCCAGACUGGCUUGCUGCGGUCACCACCUCAUGAACUGAGGGAAAUAUGCCUGAAAGCAUUGCAGCUCGCCUUGGAAACUAGAAUAUCGAAGCUUGUUACUCUGGCUACAUCAGGAUUCUAUAAGCUGCUACGUGAUACACAGUUUCACAGUGGUUACGAAGAGGAUGACGAGACCACUUGGCUACCAUCACAGUUAUUGGCAGCUGUUCAGAGUCUGCCACUUCAUACAGAAGACAAUCAGGUGGAAUUGCUGAAGGUGCUGCUGAAUAUGAGCUGUGUUCCUGGCAUUAUUCUGUCUGGCCAGAUAGUGACACAGAUAGUUGGAGUGUGUGGCUUGGCAUAUGGCAGAGGAGGUGCUCCCUUGAGAACUGCCGCUCAGUCUGCUGCCUCCCAAGCAAUAUCCCAUCUGGUUAAGCAACUCCGAGAGGAAAGCUGCGAACAAGAGAAUAUUCUGCAAAAGAAACUUGGAAAGGAUGUGGAAGAAAAGAAUGGGGAGGACGAGAAUGAGGAGGAAGAGUCGGAAUACAUUGCCCCUGCUUAUGAUGAGAUCGUGCCUGUCAUCAAUCUCAUCGCCGAGAAAUUGGUCGAAGCAAAUAAGAAUCAAGAAGAUAAAAAAGGCCCAGAAAUUCCAGCUCUGUUUCUCCUUGAAUGUGCGAACACCUUGCUGAGUCGACUGUCUCUGCCAGAGACCUUAACGUCUGUAGAAAGAUCCACGUCAACUCACCCAGUUUCAUCAGCACUGAGAGGUCCUCCAGCAUAUUGCUCGACUCUUCUUAUUGGCGUGCUCUGGCAAAGGCUUUGUCCUGCACUUGUGGCAUUGCUAGGGUCUCCCGUGUCACAGCGCUUGGCUCGCGCCUCUGGAAGGACUGAGGGACAGAUGGGUCGUGGAUCAGGUUGUUUAGCUCAUCCUGGUCCAUUGUUUAAUAAUCAUCAAGCAAGAGCUAUAUAUAGUGUUGCAUGUGGUCUUGUGGUAACAAUGGGUAGCAUUGGAGAAAUGAGGCCUGUCUUAGAAAGUGUUUUUCACAGAAUGCUAUUAUAUCCACCCCCGCAAUGUCGCUUAGAUGCAUUGAAAGCUAUUGCUGAGUUACUAGGCAGUCCUGCUAAGCUGGUGCAACUUGCUGGACCCAUCCUGCAUAUGGAUCCCAGGAAUCCUCACCAAAAUGACUUAGCUCUAUUCAGACUUCCAGGUCCUUUAACAUAUGAAAACAAGAGCAAGCUUCCCAAGUAUGAAACCUUUGAAAAUCUCAAGCCCUCUUCAGAAUCUGUCACGUCAGAUUCUCUCUCCCAACAAAUUGACGACGUGGACGAGGAGGAAGAAACCUCCGUUGAAAAUGCAGAAGGGAAAGGAAAUGAGGAGACAACAGCUGGCACUGAACAAGAAGAUGGAGGUGCAAGUGACAAAGAAAUCAAAGAAGAAUUGGGUGACCCAGACGGCAAAGAAAAACCUGUUAAAAAGCAGCGGUCUCGAGUCAAGAAGAGUUCGAGCGUUGAGGGCGAAGACUCGGAUGAAUCUGGUGACACAGAAGGUCCUGAGUUUGAGGACGACGACCAAGGGAGGGAAGAGCUUGACCAGUACUCAGAAGAAGCUGAACAGCAGCGUGAAGAACAGGAGGCUCUGAGACUCCACCGCUUGAAUGAGACACUACAGUCAGUGACAAACCUUCGACAUGUUGUGGACGAGGAAGCAGAGAGGGAGUGCGAAAAUGCUCGUCACUUCACUACCACUCUCUGUGCCCUCUUGCCCUCCCUCCUGGCUGUUCGUAGUACGAUUGAGGUGGAUGAAGCCAUGUUGGAGUUUUCAGCAAAAUAUUGUGAAGGGGUUUUUAGCUUAACAAGCACAGAGCACGGGCAGCACAUAAUCAUAAAUGCUGAUGGAAUCUACUUAGCAACAUAUUCAGUUCUCUCUCUGAACUUAAAGCUGAUCAGAGGUGGAAAUUAUUGUGAUCCUAACCUGCCACAUCCAAUGACUCAGGAACAGUUCAUAGAUCAAGUGCAUGGCAGUGGUGUUCUGGUGUAUCUCUCGUCCGCCUGGCUCGGGGAAGUCUAUCGCCAGGUGGUGAGGGACAGCUUCCUUCAGAGAGCUGGCUACUCGCCACAUUCUACUCACAAUUGUGCUCUUAUCAACUUACUAACAGAUCUGGAAAAUGGCAUGAGAUGCUACCUUAGGCAUGACGUUGAUUUAGAUGGACUUGGUAGCAGUGAGCAAAAGAGUCAGCUGUUGUCUGAUCAUAGACGCCUGGAAAAAGCUGCAGCCAACAUUACGCACACACCACAAGUCCUUGCAGGGAUGAAGCUGUGUCGUCGUAUUGUAACGUGUUGCUGGGAGAGUGUUGUGGGUGUUUUAGGAGCAGUCCUGGGAGGAGUGGGUGGAGGAGGACUCACUGGCCCUUUGCGUCACCUUUUGGGAGGAGAAGGAGCCAGAGAAGAGUCAAGGAGAGCACAGGACCUAUUAGCACAAUGUCUAAAUGCUCUGCAGUCAGCGGCUAGAUUGGCUAAUAUAUUGGGACUCCAGAGUCGAUGCGGUGUCGUGUUUUCCCUUCUGUCAUCAGCCUGCCUGCCGAAUGAUGACCGCAAUCCAGUUAGCACACCCAAGCGCCAUAGCCUAAGAUCUCCCGCAUUUUCUAAGAAGAUUCAGCGACUCCAUACAGCACACUUACUGUCCUUACAUGUGAUGAUGUCAUCAGGUUUAGAGCUUGGUUCUCAUGCAUCCGAUUGUUGGACACACAUUUUUAAUAAACAGCAGUCAUGUUUGCACAUAGUGACAAGCAGGGCCAAAAGACUCCAGAGUCGAUGCGGUGUCGUGUUUUCCCUUCUGUCAUCAGCCUGCCUGCCGAAUGAUGACCGCAAUCCAGUUAGCACACCCAAGCGCCAUAGCCUAAGAUCUCCUGCAUUUUCUAAGAAGAUUCAGCGACUCCAUACAGCACACUUACUUUCUUUACAUGUGAUGAUGUCAUCAGGUUUAGAGCUUGGACUCCAGAGUCGAUGUGGUGUCGUGUUUUCCCUUCUGUCAUCAGCCUGCCUGCCGAGUGAUGACCGCAAUCCAGUUAGCACACCCAAGCGCCAUAGCCUAAGAUCUCCUGCAUUUUCUAAGAAGAUUCAGAGACUCCAUACAGCACACUUACUUUCUUUACAUGUGAUGAUGUCAUCAGGUUUAGAGCUUGGUUCUCAUGCAUCUGAUUGUUGGACACACAUCUUUAAAUGCUGCGUAUAUCUGUCAGAACUUGAGCACCAAUUCUUCAGCCACACCAGUGGGUACCAGUCAUUCCCUCCCAGAUUUGCUCCGCCAUCAAUGAACAGUGACAAAUCAGGACACUCUACCUCUGAUGACAUGUUUAGUGAGGAUCCAUACCAUUAUAUCGUGCCCAUGUCGCCACUGGCCCCAAGCAUGAACGUGGAAGAAUUGAUCCGAGAAAGUCAGAGUGAUAUAAGUAACACUGGCUUCCUCUCACCGCAAGACACUGGGAAAGCAAUAUGUGCUCUCACACAGAUGGUUGACAGGUUGUUUGAUGAUGCCUCGACCAAGCUAAACAUGGCUUCUUUAGUCAGCUUCUUGGCUGAGCUGUGUGCUGCAUCUCAGGCACAACUAUUCUCCAGAAUGACUCCUCAGACACCUAAAAAGGGCCUGAUGAAAUGGCCAAGAAAGACUAUGGGAGGUACAGGAGCAGAGCUGGGCAAAGGCAAGGGUGGAGAUAUACUCCUGCUUCACCGACUUGCUGAAGUCAUGCUCCGUGCUGUCCGAUCUGGCCGUCCACUUCUCCAUAUCAUGCGAGCUUGGGCCGUUGCUGGUCCCCACUUUAUGGAGGCAGCAUGUCAUAAGGACGGGGCAGUUAGCAAGAGGGCAGUCAGUUCUAUACAUGACAUAGUAAAUGCCAUAUUGAGCAACCAGUCAGAGCUUCCUCAUUUUCACUUCAAUGAGGCAUUAUUCAAGCCAUUUGAAAACCUCUUAUGUUUAGAACUCUGUGAUGCUGAUAUACAAGACCAGAUUAUAAGCAGUAUUUGUGAGUUUGUAGAAAGCUGCACUCCAGAGAUAAGGUCAGGGUGGAGGCCAUUGUUUGGUGCCCUGCGCUGUGUUCGACCCCCGAGUGCCCUGCCUUCACCCUCAGUGCCAGGAGGGCUGCCUGGAGUCAACAACACAUGCGAUAGUAUGGGACACCUGCAUGUUGUGCGAGAUGUGUUUGAAGCAUUCUUGGCAACAGAUAAUGUGCUGGUGUUUGCAAAUGCUGCACUGGAUUGUGUUCUGUGCCUCCUGAAGCAUGUGAAAGGUUCAGGUGAAGAGGAAAGUAGUGAUGAAACGGUGGUUGGAUGGGACGAACUUGUGGGAGGUGACUUAUGCCUUGAUGCCCUCCGCUACCUGCAUCGCUGUGCUGCUAUUCUUGCCUCGAUGUACCAGAUGCCAGCAUGUCCUGUCUUCCAUGCUGCUCACAGGAUCACAGUGAAUAUGCCCCCACAGCUUGUAGACCCACAUCUGCCUAACAUUGAUGAAAAUCUACUUGGAUCACUACUUAAUGAAAUAGCUGGCAUGGAAGUGAAGAAGGUUUCAUAUCAAGCACUGUGGCCUUCUGCAAGUAAUCAAGAAGUGACCCUGAUGAUGCUGGACCAUAGCAGUGGGAUCCUACAGGUGUGGUAUCUCCUCCUUGAAGGAUUGGCAGGGGCUACCAUGACCUGCCCUAGACGGUACCAGCCCCAGGCGCUUGAUACACUCUUCACCCUUUUGCGUAGUCUACCAGACUGUCCUGGCCCUAUGUUUGGGAUGUAUUGUGUGAACCACUUGUUGUUACCACUGAUGCAGGGAUGGCUAAGGAGAUCGUAUACUCUUCCAUCCAACAGUUGGGAUUUCACUGCAUCAUUCAAGCAGUACACUGGGUUGACAUCAGACCUUGUUGUGGAGUACCUCUCAAAAUUAGCUAAUAAAGGUGUUUUGUCGGAGACUCCUGGAGCAUUGUUGAUGUUGCAGCAGUGUUUGCUGGUACUUGUGGAGUGCAUUACUCAUCCCAGUGAAACAAUAUCAAGACUAGGAUGUGCAUGUAUUAGACACGUGAUCAGCAGUUGUGGUGAACAUUUACCUCCAGAAUACUGGGAUGUUGUGGUCUGUGGCUUGCACCGUUCUUGCAUGGUCUCACUGUACCCCCUGUAUCAGCUGAUGAAUCUCUUUCACCCCGAAUCUCCCAAUUUCUAUGGCGAUGUGGGUCAAGUGAAGGUAGCAGCUCGAAGAGACUGCACUGGGAAAGACAGUGAUCGUCUGAGACAACUCUCUCAUCAGGUAUUCUUGUUAGAUACACAGAGAAGCAAUAUAUCUGCUGCGGUAGAUAACCCAGACGCUGAGGAUCGCUCAUUCAUAUUCCUGCUGUACCCUGAGGACCAUGGACAUGCCAAUGUUUUGCAUAGCUGUAGUUUUGAGGCAAAUGACGAAGAGGAACCAGUUCGAGUACCUUUCAGGACGUUGAUUGUCGGCCUCCUUGCACAUCAGAUUCUCCUCCAGACACUAGGGUCUUUCUUGGUUCAGGGUUCUCCUCAUAUCAUACCAAGUUUGGCAAAUGUAAUCCUGCAAGGCAUGGGCUUCUCGAAAACCGAGAGUGAGGAUGGGAGGGUUGCGGAGAGUGAAGGAAAGGUUCCUGGAUUUCUUCGCUUCAUGAGACCAGAUCAUAUACAAAUUUUGAUGGACGCUCUUCAGCAGUCCUACACUGCAGCUGUUGAAUUUGACCGCCGUCCAGGGCUUAAAUUUUUGAUCCAGAAAGUUGCACAAGCUGAGAGAGCAGCAAAUUUGUACAAGCAAGCGGGAGCCAGCUGGACACUUCGGAUGGUGACACUCUUUGACCUAACACUCUCCCAGGUAAAGCAUGGGUUAGGGUUAAAUGAAGUCAAAGAAGUGCUUGAAAAAGAUGUUAGAGCAAAGAAUACACUCAAGGGACAAGACGACAAAGAGGAAGAAACCGAAGGAUCUCAGGACAACAAGAUAUUACAAAGACCAACACAGCUGUUGAAAGAUGAUACAAUACAGUAUAUUCAGAUGUUAAGAGCUUCAUUCACAGAACUUUGUGAGGUGUAUUUAGAUCUGGUCAUCGACAAAGAUGGACAUUACUCGGCUGUCGACAAAAUAAACGACCAGCCGAUAUUCUUCCUCACUGUACAGCCAGACGAGUUUCCUACCGCUCACCGCAAGAGCUUGGCACAGUGGACUAAAAGCUUGGAAGAAUUUAAUAAGCAGUAUAUCAAGGGAAAAUCAAAGGACUCGGAGGUGAAUGAAGAUGACAGUGAACUCAUGUCAGGAACCAUGACUAUUGGUGCUGGCCCUAAUAGCACAUCCUUGCCAGGUAACCAUCCCAAAAAGGCACAGGAGCAAAAUGAAGUCCGUCCCUUUACUCUGGCUGACUUUGCUCGAGAAUAUUCUUCCGAUUCUGAAGACUCCGAGUCGCCAGAAUUUGCUGAAACUAUUGACUCUGGCGUUGCAAGUUUGGCAGAUGGGCACCAGAGCAUAUAUAGAGUGGCCACCGAGCGGGACAUAGCCACUUUGAUGACGGAUUAUAGGAGACGAAAGAACCAGCAUUCACUUCCUUCCAUGCAUAGAGAGAAGAGAUCAAAUCCCUUUUUGGAAAGAAAACCAAGCAGGCCAGCUGAUCCUGUGCCGCAGGAAAUAGAGGAGCAAAGAACUAAUAGCUUAAUGAAGGACAGUGAAGCUCACCUGAAAGUGUGGACAGAGAUGGUUGUGACUGUAUUUGACCUCAUCAGUCAGCUGAGUGAUUCUGAGCUGCGUCCACUGCUGCCUCUCCUUUUCCCUACUGUGCGAUCCCUAACAGCACAUGCGCACGACCCCCAUCUGCGGCAGGUGGUGGCAGAGCUCCUCACCAGAGUUGCAAAUUUGUAUGGCUUUAGUCCAGCUGAGUAAUGUAUCCGUUACUCACAGAAGACAGAACAAAACCCAAAAAAAAAUAAUGAUAAUAAUGAUAAUAAUAAUAACAAAAUGGUACUGUUUCCAGACACAGUAAAGUGUCAUAUUUCAGUGUUCUAAAAUAUAUGGUACUAAAUAAAGUGUGAAUAUCAAAUUUAUUUUAUCACAUAGCUUUAGUGGCUUUUUAAGAAAACUGUUGUAUCAUAAUCUCCUGUGGUUGGUGUUUAAUUUAUUCUUUCAGAAAGUUUUAAACCAUUAAAAUCACCAUUAUGCAAAACAGUUCUGUUUAUCAGAUUUAGUGUGGACUUUCCAGUUGUGAUUAAUGUCAGUCAUUUUCAGUUGUACCUGCUUCACACACAAAAAGUAAAUAUAUCUAUUUUUUUCUCUCUUUAUUUCCUUUUUUUCUUUCCUGUUCUUUUUUUUACAAGAAGUUAAUUAAUUUUUUGAUGAAUAUGAAUUCUGUAUGAUUGAAAGAAGCUGAAAGUUUAUCCUGUAUAUGUUAAUUAUUAAUAUUUCAAAACUGUUUACCAGGUGAUAGUGAAUGUUGUGAUAUUUUAGUAGAACUUUGCAUACACCUAUAUGCUAAUUGUUGUUACUAAACCAACAUUAAUCUACAUGAUUUAACAAAACACAGAAUUGUUGAUACAAUGGCAGAAAUACCCACUAGAUCUAUUUUGUGUAAUGUGAUUUUUUCUGCCAUUAAUCUAAAUGUGAAAAGAAUUAGGCUGUAGUAGAAGUAGGGCAUUAUUGUUGCUAUGUUAUUAUGACAAUUUUUUCUCUCAUUCUCACUUUCUCUCUCUACUUUUCCUCUCAUUAGUAUUCAUGAUGUCUUUCUUCCGCAAACCAACUAAUAUUGUAUUAAAGGGCUUAUCAGGUUUGAGUGUGAUAGUGUCAUUUACAUAUUAUCAUAAGUGGUUGUAGUGGAUUUGCUCAUGGAUGUUUGCACGUACGAGUCACUUCAGGCAUGUAGGAAAAUACAUAAAACUUAACGUGAGAAUCAGCUGGAAUAUCUGAUGUGUUACACUGACACAUUUGAUUAAAUUGUGGGUGUAAGAGAUCUUCUAAAGAUGCUAUUUUUGAUUGAUUUGUCAAGUCAUUUUCACAUAAUGAUAAACAGACCUGUAAUGCAAUUUUGCUGGACUUUGUUUGCAUCUGCCAGCUAUUAACUCCUUAUAUCUGAGGCAACUGUCACCCAAUAACCCCUCAUAUAGAAGAAACCCAAACAUGGUCGUUAAUGCUAUACGGGUGACACGGUUGAAAAGGUUAAGAGCAAAGGCAGAAGGAAAACCAGCCUUUAGGUUGAUUUUGUUUCCACACAAAUAUAUUUAAAGAUGUUACCUUUUUAGAAACUUAUAAAACAAUUUGUGUCUAUGGAAUGGUGUAUAAUACUAGUCAUGAAAUUUAGGAUGAAUAUAUUUUUGUGCUGUUUGAUUAUUUAAUGAUAGGAAUACAUAAACUGACUUACGUCUAAUCAGUAUUGGUAAACUCCAAAAUAAUUUUCCUCUCCUCCUCUACUAUUGCUAUGAAUUUAGAAACAAGAAAAUACUAUGAAGUUGUUGUAAAGAAACUAACCUGCAUAAAAGAUCUAAAAAACUGCAUCGCAUAUGUGAAAAUAAGGAAAAAGAUAUAUUAUUGUAAUAUAUGAUGUCAA